AUGGGAUACCCGUUACAAUCAAUUAAUUCAAUACAAUCAUUUAUGAAUACUGAUGAUGUAUUUGACAUAUUCAAAUAUGAUUCACCAGAUUUAAUUGAAAUUAAAAAUAAAUCAUUAGUUUUAACAUAUUUAACAACAUUAUUAAGAAUAAAGCAACAAACAUUACUAAAUAAUAAUAUUAAUAAUAGUAGUCAACAACAAAUAUCUUAUGAAUUAUUAAAUAAUAAUUCAUUGUUAAAAUCAUUAAUUAGUUGGUAUGAACAAAAUGAAACGAUAAAUAUGAAUAGCAACGAUAAUAAUAAACAAUUAUUUUUAUCAUCAUUUAUUGAUAAUAUAACAAAUAAUCUUUCUAAAUCAAAAAAUAAUUAUCGAUAG